AGUCAGUUCUUUGUACUUUGCGCCAUGGAAUAAACACAGUUACGAGGAUGUUUAUUGGCCAGUCGAUGUUCAUUCCAAGGAAAUAGGACAAUCAACGAUGACGGCGCCCGCUCUCAAGACAAGACGGCGCGAGAAUCAAGAUGGCUGAAUCUUAUGAGGGUUCUAAAACAAAAGCAGAGCUGACAGAAGAAGGCAAAUUCUGAAGGGCUCCUGACUGGACCAUGCUUGAGCGGGUAACGUUUGCACCCAUCAUUUGUCUGCUUAUUUGUUCAUCAGUGGCCUUGCCGUCAAAGCAAGUUGCAAACGCUAGCGACGAAAAUUUUCAGCAGACGCAAGCAGCAACAAGCCAACGAGAGGAACUAGUACCAAAAACCACAAGAUUGCACAAAAUGGGCAUUCUCAAGGUACCAACAAACACAAGACUGGUUCGACUUUACAACAAAAAUGGAUAUUUUCUGAAAAUCUCUAACACAGGGAGACUUCGAGGAACAAGGAGCAUCGACAAUCCAAACACACUAAUUGUAAUGGAGUCGAUGGGUCCAAGUAUCGUUCGACUCAAAGGCGUGGUGUCUAAGACAUACCUCUGUAUGAACGAUGAGGGGGUUUGUCACAUCAUGGCUCAACCAACAGACGAAUGCCUGUUUAAAGAGAAGUUAGGAACGAACUAUUUCAACACUUACGCUUCUUACAAGUACAGCGGGAGGAACCCUGGAAACAUAACCCAAGAAUUCUACAUCGCUAUCAAGAAAAACGGAAAGCUUAAGCAUGGCGCUAACACAGCCAUGAUACAAAAAUCUGUGGACUUUACGGUAGUGCCGCUAAAGUAGGGAAGGAGCCAUGGAUGAUCGUGCUAAAAGCAAAGGCACCGAGAAGCCAGUGACAGCCAUGUGUGAAAUGACGGCUUGCGGAAAUCGUAAACGUGGUCGGCCGAAACCACAGAUCUUACAAAAGAAAGCAGAUGGAAAACUUUUGAAUACUCCUGUUAGCUUAUGAAACAAACAAACAAAUACACAGGGAAAUUAAAGCCACAGUGCACGACAUGGAUAGAAGAAACCAGUAAGAAAUAACAAGAAAGCCUUGUGGAGUAGGAAAUACUAAGAAAAGUUUGAGUGAAGGAGAUGGAGUAGGUGUGAACGACUAGCAGCUGCCAUGAUAAUACAACAGCCGAGGGGGACUGACCGUGAGCACAGGAUGGAAAUGAGGAGCGUAAAAACUAAUGCGCAUGAAAAAUGGAAAACUUAAAAUCGACUAUAAGCCCGUUGAACUUACAUCUUGGCAGAGUUGGUUUAUGUCACUGACAACUGGCUGGGUAACAUUCACAGAGUGUUUUGAACGAAUUCAGCGAAUACUCUAACAAAUGAAGCUUUGAGUGCUUCGCCCAAUGGAGAUCAGUUAUUUUACUACGGCCAAAGCAAAUCGCUUGGCUCGUGACUCCAAUUGUGCUCAACCUCAACCAUGUUGUAUCCAUUUUCAGCGAAUUGGACUACUGUUAACAGAGAGUUGUAGACGAGGUUAGAUAACAGUUAAAAAAAUCGAAUACAAUAGGUAUGAUGAAGAGAUUCGACAAAAAGUAUGUUUUGACCGGAAUACAAAGACUUCAGGUGUAGGCUGCUACUUAAGUUCUCAACUCUUCUUCCAUAGGGACUGCAAUUAUUCCGGCGGCAAAACAUGUAUUUAAGAAAAAAAAAAUCCAGAGGAGGCGAUGAUGAGCAAUAUCAAUCGCAACAUGCAAAAAGUUUCUAAUAAGGAAAUAAAAAAGGCAUAAUCUCUUGGUAAAAGGCAAGUCAAAGUUGACGAUUCUUUGGAACGGUCAGAUAUCAAGAGACUAAAUAUUUAUUUUUUCAAAAUAGAGAAACAAAAGAAGGGGAAGAGUGAAAUUACCACAGAAAAAAAGCGAUGUAAUGAUAAUGUAAGAUAUAGCAUUUAAAUUUCAUUUCAUUUGUACAAAGCGAUUUCAAACAAUUCACAUAAAUCUUCGAGAAAUAAGGAUCCAACAGUGGCUGCUCUGAAUAGCCGCGUUUCAAGAAAUGUUAAACGUAAGCAUUAUUAUUUCGAAAAUCACGCUCUCGAACUAUUGUAGCAAUUUUUAUAAUGAAUAAAACAUA